AGCUUCGGAUAGGAUUUGUGUUGUACCAUUUUUUAAAAACCUAUCUAUAUGCGACUGAUAUAGUCUUUAAACCAUCUCCAAAGUGUUCAUGAUCAGUUCAAACGGAUUACCCUAAUUAUUCAGCAAUAAUUUAACUAAACCGUACUGUUAAUAAAGUUGAGUGUAUUGUACUUGGGAUAAUAGCUGUUAAAUGUUUUAUUAGUAUGUGAAUAAAAUUGAGUGAUAUGAUAUUGGUUUAUAACGUAUACGUUCAUCUGUCAAUGUCUCUUGGAAUUUUCAUAAAGAUUUGAUAUAGCAAGUGACACACGACGGAAGUGUAAUAUUUUGAGUGAAAAACGAUUUUUGUUAGUGUGUUAUAUAUGACCUAAGAUAAUUUUGUGCUCAUCAAUAUUCGAUUUUAUGAGUGAAUGACCGUGAUAACUGUGUGUCAAUAACAUAACAAGAAGAAGGAAAUUCACUUUGAGUUAUAUCAAAUGUGCAAUGGGAAUUGUAUUGCUCGUCUUAUACUAGUGCUAUUAUCCGCGUCCGGAUCGCUGAGUCAGACGGAUAUCGGAGUUGCCCAGACCCCUGAGAUGGUAGUAGUCAAGUGAUGCUUGCAGCGCAAGGGUGGACUUACCCUCGACCAUUUCAAGGAAAAAAUAUACCUCCAGCGUUUUUAUUUGUGUUCUUUCUUUCUUCUUACUUUACUCGGAGCUGUUAUUGACGCGUGACGAGACAAGUAUAUCUUAUUUUCUCCUCGUCAGAAAAUUCUAUUAAGUGUCGAAAUAUCAUUCUAUAAGCUUCAAGUUUUGGUCAGCAGACAGAGUCUAUCAAAAAAUGAUAAUAAGGGCAAACAAUAAAUGGUGUAUAGAAUAUUUGUCGUGAGACGCGCUGAUUGUGUGUCGAAAAGACGAACGUGCGCGAUAUGUCGUCUGUGAAUAAUGGAUUUAAAGCACUUACAAUGGACGUAACCACAAGAGUUGCACUUCCCAGAGGAGUCAGCAGGUCACAAAAAAUAAGAACAAGAUGUACAAGAAGGUUUUGGGUUACUUCUAUAUGCAUCUGGUUGAUGACUUCAAAAUAUGUGACAGCCUCCAACUCAUCAAUUGGUUCUUCCACUACUAGACCACUUACGACAGAAAUCGUUUAUCAGAGAUUCGCAAUUGAGCCACAAGAUCAAACAGCUGUUAUCGGUAGUCGGGUCACGCUUCCAUGCCGAGUACUCGAUCAGAAGGGACCAAUUCAAUGGACGAAGGAUGAUUUUGGUCUUGGUGCCGUCAGGAACCUAACUGGUUAUGAGCGCUAUGCCAUGAUCGGAAGUGAUGAAGAAGGUGAUUUUUCACUGCACAUAUAUCCAGUCGAAUUGGAGGAUGAUGGAAAAUAUCAAUGUCAAGUUUCGCCUACGGACGAUGGCCAGCCAAGUUUGCGAUCGAGAUUUGCACGUCUAAGUGUUCUUGUGCCGCCGCAAAAACCUAAAAUCCUUCAGGGUGACUUUCUUGUUACAACGGAAGACCGAGAGCUCACGAUGGAAUGUAUUAGCGUGGGUGGAAAACCAGCCGCAGAUAUCACGUGGAUCGACGGACUGGGCAAUGUUCUACGUUCUGGGAUUGAAACCACUACGGAGAAAUCUGAAGACGGACCGCUGUUCACUGUUCGUUCAGUUUUAAAAGUAUUGCCCCGCAAAGAGCAUGACAAUACUACUUUUACAUGUCAAAGUCAAAAUGCAGCUGAUCGUACACCACAAAAUGCCAAGCUACGUGUUGAGGUACGCUACGCUCCAAAAGUCUCACUUAAAAUCAUCUCUGGUUUAUCUAAAAGUGGUCAAAUAAUAGAAGGAUCUGAAUUGAGAUUCAAAUGCCGGGCUGAGGCCAAUCCACCAAAUAUCGAGUAUAGAUGGUAUAUAAACAAGAAAACUGUAAUUGGUGACUAUACAACUGAGAUGAUUAUCCACAAUGCUACUCGAGAGCUCCACGAUGCUACCGUAAAAUGUGAAGUUCACAAUGAGGUUGGGAAGAGUGAGGAAACGGAAACGCUAGAUAUAACUUAUGGGCCGCAAUUCCGACGACCGCCAAUUUCAGUAGAAACGCAUUACGGCACAACGGAAAUACUGCAGUGCGACGUAGAUGGCAAUCCUCCUCCAGAGAUCUUGUGGAUCCACGAAGAGUCUGAUCGUACUGUAGCAACUAGUUCAAACAUAAGUGUAGUUGUGAGUCCCGAAACAGCAGGACGAUACUAUUGCAAAGCUCACGUUCCUGGAUUUCCCGAAUUGAUCGGUUAUGCCAACAUCUACAUUCGUGCACCACCAAGCAUCGUAUCACAAAGAAUUCAAUAUGUUCCCGAUGAGGGAGUGGUCAAGGUUAAAUGCACCGCGAUAUCAGUGCCAAAAGCUGAAUCUGUUGUGUGGAGUUUUGCUGGUCGCGAGCUCAAUUUCUCGUUAAACAAUACACCCUUCUACGUUCAGGAGGAAUAUACGCCUGAAAGAGUAGUCAGCACUGUUACACUUUUGGAACCCAUAUCCACGUACUUUGGGGAUUACAAUUGUACUGUUACAAAUAGCUAUGGCUCGGAUUCUGUUGUCAUCAAGCUCACUACACGUGCGUUGAUUCCAGUCGAUUGGCAACUUAUUUUGAUAAUCGUUGGACUCGUCGUAUGCAUUCUUCUCAUUGGGAUUAUUAUAAUUCUCAUUCUUCAUUGUCGUGAACGGAUAAAACAACCCAGGCCAAGAUCAAAUCAAACUCAGGAUAAUGAAUUACAAGAAACCGAUUCUAAUCCUGACCGUUACCGAGAAAGUGAUCGCAGCAGUAACCUGUCGGAUGUUAAAGCUGAUAUACGUGCUGGAUCUAGCGUGAGCAACGCUGAGAGCGUGACUGCUCUCGACAGUGAAGGUGAAGGAAGUACUAGGGGUGUAAAUGCCUUAGCUCUUGCUGGUCCAGUACCUAACCCACUGGGUUAUCGAUACAGCGCUGACUAUACAGAACCCUCAUUUCCACCUAAGAACACUGAUGGAAGUAACAAUAAUGGAUAUGUGCCAUAUGUAGAUUAUUCAAGGGAUUAUAUGCCACCAAAUAGUCAAGGAAUGGGUGCGUCACGUGAAUCAUUAAGCCGUAUUCCUUCCAGUGGUAUUUUAACUUCCAAGAAAAUAGGUCUAAGUUCCGCUAACUUAGGCACGACUACACCACAGACAACACCAAUAAUCGAUCCACGAUUCUCUGCAACAUACGGAAAUCCGUAUUUGAGAAUGUCUGCGGCUGAACAACUUAGACAUGCGCCUCAUACCGCCAUACCAGGUGUAACACCAGCACCUCCGCCUUACACUCAAGCUAUGCGAAUGAAUAGUUUGAGUACAUUGAAUGGUGCCGGGCCACAGGCCCCAUUAUCAGCACAUUAUAUAACUGGUGGUCCUAAUGGUGGUGUAGCAACAGUCAAACGUACAUCAGGAAUUAGUGGCACACUAGCAACGCAUGUAUGAGAUACGGACUUCAAUUAGAAUUUACAAAGUUUAAAUUCUAAUGUAAUUAGAAGUGUUACUGUGGACUUCUUAGUGUAAGUGCAGUGAUUGUCAUCUUUUCAUAAACAACAUUAUAAUACCAACUUUAUUGAUCAAGAAAACAAUUUUAUUACUUCAUAAUAAUUAUAUCAAGUCAAUAGUGAAUAAUUCAAACCGUCAGAAUUCAAUUGUUCAAGCGACUAAGGAUGUGAUACUUAUCUUGAAACUGGUAAAGUUUGAGAACUAUGAAUCUAAAAUGUUCAACUUCGUAGAUCAAAUGUUGACAAAAAUAAUGGAAUAUUUAGAAAAAUCAUCACUAUCUGAUGAAAUGGUAAUAUGAUAAUACUAAUUAUCUUGUUAAUAGUAUGAAAACCGUGAAGGCUAAUAUAAAUAUUAAUAAUCUGAGACUAUUAGGCAAUUAAGCUACUCAAUUCAUUUUCAUUGAUCUAUGCCGGAGUUUUCAAUAAAUUGACUUUAAUAAUUUAGUGAUAUAUUAAAUUCUAUAUAAAUGUGAUUAAACAAGUACUAAAUUAGUGUAAAUGAGCUCUUGAAAAUAAGAAGAAAUAUCACUUGAAGAAGUAUAUUAUACUACAAAAGAAUUUAAUGAUGAAAAUAAUGAGCUCAAACGAUUCAUAGAAAUUGAAUAAGUUCUAUGUUAGUGAGCCAUUUUCGUAAUUAAGCUCAGUGCUCAAACAAAUACGCAAGUGAUAGUUGCUUCAACGUUUUGAUGACGAGACAAGGAAAUUAAACGAGCUUUUAUAUGUCAUAAAUAAUGAAAAUAAUAAGAUCAUAUGCAAAAAGCGUGCAAUAGUAAAAAUUUUUUUAGAAAGCAAUUAGACUAUUCAAUAUUGACAAUCUUUAAUCUAUUAUAAUGAAUUUCAAUAAGCAUUUUAUUAAAUUAGUUCACUUCUCUUUCCGGACUAUCAGGAGAGAUUUUUAUAUAUCAUUUAGACAUUUAUGUCUUACUUGAAACAUGUCAAUUAUUACCCAAGUACUUGUAUAUAGAAAUUGUCGUAGCUCAUCUAAUUAUUAUUAAAACACAGUCGUGUUUUAAUAAAUCUCAAAUAGACAUGCCUAAACUUGGGUAAAAUUUUAUUAACUGUACUACAAAUAGUUUCCAUUGGCCUGAAAUUAACAAUCAAUAUUAAAAAAAAAAAAAGCAAAAAAAAACAGGCGUUAUUUUCUAAAACAAAUUGUAAAAAGUAAAGAAAGUUUUUUUAGCUACGUUGUAUAGUUAAAUAGUUAAAUUAUUUAGAUAUAUUAUGGACCUGUUGUCAAUAUAAAUUUAUAGCCUAUACAGUUUAAUGGCACUAAAAAUAAUUUAACUAAAAUAAAAAUGUUCUUUCUGAACAAAAUGAUUGUAAAUAGUUGUACGUAUACACAUUAUAUAAGUCUAUGAAUAUAUAGGUAUACAUACUGAAAUAAUUAUUAGCGCAAAAAAUCAAUAUAAAAAAUACAGAGUUUUUAUAAUUGCUUAUAAACUUGGCAUAAUUACACUAAAUACUAAGCCAAUCACUAAAUUACAUAGGUACAUUUCUCUUUGUAAAUUUUAAUCUUAAUAGGGUGAUUAUCUUCCUUUAUACUGUUCAUUCUAGUCUUCAUAAGAACGAAGAAACAUCAUUUAUACGUUGGCGUUGAGCCAUCAUCGAAUAAAUAUCAGCUUACAAUUCUUAUUUUGUAUUAAAACAAAAAAAAAAAAAAUGAAAAAAUAACAUUUUUCGGCAAUACGAAAAU